AAUGCCAGAAAUAAUGAAGAAAGCACAAGAAGAAUUGCGGAAUUUCUUUGGUGAAAAUGGAAAGGUUGACGAAGCAAAACUUCAAGAAUUAAAAUGGUUAAAUUUAAUUAAUAAAGAAACAUUGAGAUUACAUCCUGCAGCAGCUGUAGUUCCAAGGGUUUGUAGGGAAAGGACUAAGGUGAGUGGAUAUGACGUUUAUCCUGGCACUCGGGUUUUCAUUAACGCAUGGGCAAUCGGAAGAGAUCCUAAAGUUUGGAGUGAAGCUGAGAAAUUCAAACCGGAGAGAUUUAUUGAUAGUGCAAUUGAUUAUAGGGGUACCAAUUUUGAACUAAUUCCAUUUGGAGCAGGAAAAAGAAUAUGCCCUGGAAUGACUCUAGGUAUGGCUAAUCUGGAGAUUUUCCUGGCAAACUUGCUAUAUCAUUUUGACUGGAAAUUUCCUAAAGGAGUAACUGCAGAAAAUCUUGACAUGAACGAAGCUUUUGGAGCAGCUGUCAAAAGAAAAGUAGACCUUGAAUUGGUUCCCAUUCCAUACCGUCCUUAAUUUUCAACUUCUUAUAUUCUAUCUGCAAAGUAAAGUUCACCUACUGAUAUAUUGCAUGCAGAUAACUAUAAGAUAGGGGUGGGUUUUUAGAAGAUAGGUUAUAGUUUUCUUGGCUUUAGUUUUUACUUUCAAAUGUACCAAAAAACGCUGUUGUGGUGUGUAAUAAAUUGAAUAAUGUCAAUCAAAUAAUGAAAUAAUGGAAAGAAAAUUGG